AUGAUCAUUGUAAUUCAAGUCCACACACGAAUUACAUAUUUACGUCAUUUGAUCGUGAGCUUAGCUCAAGCCAGAGACAUUUCCAAAGCACUUUUGAUUUUCUCACAUGAUUUUUAUGACGAAGAAAUCAACGAGUUGGUGCAAAGCAUCGAUUUCUGUAAAGUGAUGCAAAUAUUUUACCCAUUCUCAAUUCAAAUGCAUCCAAAUGAAUUUCCUGGAACUGAUCCAAGAGAUUGCAAACGUGACAUGACGAUGAAUAUUGCAUUGAAAACGAAUUGUAAAAAUGCGUUGUAUCCUGACAUUCACGGACAUUAUCGCGAAGCUUCAUUCACUCAGACAAAACACCAUUGGUGGUGGAAAGCAAAUCAAGUAUUUGAUCAUCUCGAAGUCACCAAAAAUCAUUCUGGUUAUGUGCUGUUCUUGGAAGAAGAUCAUUACGUUGCUGAAGACUUUCUCCACGUUUUGAAUUUAAUGCAAAAGGCGUUACCGGAACAAUGUCCAUUCUGUAAUAUUCUUUCCCUUGGUGUUUAUGAUAAAACUAUUAAUAGUAAAACGUACGAUAAGUUUCUUAUCACGGAUUGGAUAAGCAGCAAACAUAACAUGGGAAUGGCUUUCAACCGUAUAACUUGGCAGCAAAUAAAAUCUUGUGCAAAAGAAUUCUGUACUUAUGACGAUUAUAAUUGGGAUUGGUCAUUGCAGUACACCAGUCAAAAAUGUUUGUAUCAAAGAAUGAUUGCAUUGGUAUUAAUGGGCCCAAGAGUUUAUCAUCUUGGAAAAUGCAACGGUGUCCAUCAUAACAAUAUUGAAUGUAAUGAAGAUCAAAUAAUAGGAAACAUCAGAUAUCGUCUUAAAGAAUCUUCAGUUUUCAUGUUUCCUUCAAAUAUUCAAUCGAGGGCUAAUGAAAGUUUAGUAAGUUUAGGUAGAAUUCCAGAUUUAAGAGCAAAUGGAGGCUGGUCUGAUAUAAGAGACAUUAUACAUUGUCUUCAGUUGUGCUUGUGA